AUGGGGCUCAACGACGGCAUGGGAACUCUCUCCCCCUUCACCUCGGGAACUCUCUCCCCCCUCACCUCUGGAACUCUCUCCCCCCUCACCUCGGGAACUCUCUCCCCCCUCACCUCUGGAACUCUCUCCCCCCUCACCUCUGGAACUCUCUCCCCCCUUCACCUCGGGAACUCUCUCCCCCUUCACCUCGGGAACUCUCUCCCCCUUCACCUCGGGAACUCUCUCCCCCCUCACCUCGGGAACUCUCUCCCCCCUCACCUCUGGAACUCUCUCCACCCUCACCUCGGGAACUCUCUCCCCCCUUCACCUCGGGAAGUCUCUCCCCCCUCACCUGUGGAACUCUCUCCCCCCUUCACCUCGGGAACUCUCUCCCCCCUCACCUCGCGAACUCUCUCCCCCCUCACCUCUGGAACUCUCUCCCCCUUCACCUCGGGAACUCUCUCCCCCCUCACCUCGGGAACUCUCUCCCCCCUCACCUCGGGAACUCUCUCCCCCCUCACCUCGGGAACUCUCUCCCCCCUUCACCUCGGGAACUCUCUCCCCCUCACCUCUGGAACUCUCUCCCCCCUUCACCUCUGGAGCUCUCUCCCCCCUUCACCUCGGGAACUCUCUCCCCCCUCACCUCGGGAACUCUCUCCCCCCCUCACCUCGGGAACUCUCUCCCCCCUCACCUCGGGAACUCUCUCCCCCCUUCACCUCGGGAACUUUCUCCCCCCUUCACCUCGGGAACUCUCUCCCCCCUCACCUCUGGAGCUCUCUCCUCCCUUCACCUCGGGAACUCUCUCCCCCCUCACCUCAGGAACUCUCUCCCCCCUCACCUCUGGAACUCUCUCCCCCCUCACCUCUGGAACUCUCUCCCCCCUUCACCUCUGGAACUUUCUCCCCCCUUCACCUCGGGAACUCUCUCCCCCCUCAACUCGGGAACUCUCUCCCCCCCUCACCUCGGGAACUCUCUCCCCCCCUCACCUCGGGAACUCUCUCCCCCCUCACCUCGGGAACUCGGAACUCUCUCCCCCUUCACCUCGGGAACUCUCUCCCCCCUUCACCUCGGGAACUCUCUCCCCCCUCACCUCUGGAGUCUCUCUCCCCCCUUCACCUCGGGAACUCUCUCCCCCCUCACCUCGGGAACUCUCUCCCCCCUCACCUCUGGAACUCUCUCCCCCCUCACCUCUCGAACUCUCUCCCCCCUUCACCUCUGGAAUUUUCUCCCCCCCUUCAACUCGGGAACUCUCUCCCCCCUCAACUCGGGAACUCUCUCCCCCCCUCACCUCGGGAAACUCUCUCCCCCCUCACCUCGGGAACUCUCUCCCCCCUCACCUCGGGAACUCUCUCCCCCCUCAACUCGGGAACUCUCUCCCCCCUCACCUCUGGAACUCUUUCCCCCCUCACCUCGGGAACUCUCUCCCCCCUCACCUCUGGAACUCUCCCCCCUCACCUCGGGAACUCUCUCCCCCCUCACCUCUGGAACUCUCUCCCCCCUCACCUCUGGAACUCUCUCCCCCCUCACCUCGGGAACUCUCUCCCCCCUCACCUCUGGAACUCUCUCCCCCCUUCACCUCGGGAACUCUCUCCCCCUUCACCUCGGGAACUCUCUCCCCCCUCACCUCUGGAACUCUCUCCCCCCUUCACCUAGGGAACUCUCUCCCCCUUCACCUCGGGAACUCUCUCCCCCCCUCACCUCUGGAACUCUCUCCCCCCUCACCUCGGGAACUCUCUCCCCCCUCACCUCUGGAACUCUCUCCCCCCUCACCUCUGGAACUCUCUCCCCCCUUCACCUCGGGAACUCUCUCCCCCCUUCACCUCGGGAACUCUCUCCCCCCUCACCUCUGGAACUCUCUCCCCCCUCACCUCGGGAACUCUCUCCCCCCCUCACCUCGGGAACUCUCUCCCCCCUCACCUCGGGAACUCUCUCCCCCUUCACCUCGGGAACUCUCUCCCCCCUUCACCUCGGGAACUCUCUCCCCCCUCACCUCUGGAGCUCUCUCCCCCCUUCACCUCGGGAACUCUCUCCCCCCUCACCUCGGGAACUCUCUCCCCCCUCACCUCUGGAACUCUCUCCCCCCUCACCUCUGGAACUCUCUCCCCCCUUCACCUCUGGAACUUUCUCCCCCCCUCAACUCGGGAACUCUCUCCCCCCUCAACUCGGGAACUCUCUCCCCCCCUCACCUCGGGAACUCUCUCCCCCCUCACCUCGGGAACUCUCUCCCCCCUCACCUCGGGAACUCUCUCCCCCCUCAACUCGGGAACUCUCUCCCCCCUCACCUCUGGAACUCUUUCCCCCCUCACCUCGGGAAACUCUCUCCCCCUUCACCUCUGGAACUCUCUCCCCCCUCACCUCGGGAACUCUCUCCCCCCUCACCUCUGGAACUCUCUCCCCCCUCACCUCUGGAACUCUCUCCCCCCUCACCUCGGGAACUCUCUCCCCCCUCACCUCUGGAACUCUCUCCCCCCUUCACCUCGGGAACUCUCUCCCCCUUCACCUCGGGAACUCUCUCCCCCCUCACCUCUGGAACUCUCUCCCCCCUUCACCUAGGGAACUCUCUCCCCCUUCACCUCGGGAACUCUCUCCCCCCUCACCUCUGGAACUCUCUCCCCCCUCACCUCGGGAACUCUCUCCCCCCUCACCUCUGGAACUCUCUCCCCCCUCACCUCUGGAACUCUCUCCCCCCUUCACCUCGGGAACUCUCUCCCCCUUCACCUCGGGAACUCUCUCUCCCCCUUCACCUGGGAACCUCCCUCGGAACUCUCUCCCCCCUCACCUCGGGAACUCUCUCCCCCCUCACCUCGGGAACUCUCUCCCCCCUCACCUCGGGAACUCUCUCCCCCCUCACCUCGGGAACUCUCUCCCCCCUCACCUCGGGAACUCUCUCCCCCCUCACCUCGGAACUCUCUCCCCCUUCACCUCGGGAACUCUCUCCCCCCUCACCUCGGGAACUCUCUCCCCCCUCACCUCUGGAACUCUCUCCCCCCUUCACCUCUGGAACUCUCUCCCCCCUUCACCUCGGGAACUCUCUCCCCCCUCACCUCGGGAACUCUCUCCCCCCUCACCUCGGGAAUCUCCUCUCCCCCCUCACCUCGGGAACUCUCUCCCCCCUCACCUCUGGAACUCUCUCCCCCCUUCACCUCGGGAACUCUCUCCCCCCUCAACUCGGGAACUCUCUCCCCCCUCACCUCGGGAACUCUCUCCCCCCUCACCUCUGGAACUCUCUCCCCCCUUCACCUGUGGAACUCUCUCCCCCCUCACCUCGGGAACUCUCUCCCCCCUCACCUCGGGAACUCUCUCCCCCUUCACCUCUGGAGCUCUCUCCCCCCUUCACCUCGGGAACUCUCUCCCCCCUCACCUCGGGAACUCUCUCCCCCCUCACCUCGGGAACUCUCUCCCCCUUCACCUCUGGAGCUCUCUCCCCCCUUCACCUCGGGAACUCUCUCCCCCCUCACCUCGGGAACUCUCUCCCCCCCUCACCUAGGGAACUCUCUCCCCCCUCACCUCGGGAACUCUCUCCCCCCUUCACCUCGGGAACUUUCUCCCCCCUUCACCUGUGGAACUCUCUCCCCCCUUCACCUCGGGAACUCUCUCCCCCCUCACCUCGCGAACUCUCUCCCCCCUCACCUCGGGAACUCUCUCCCCCCUUCACCUCGGGAACUCUCUCCCCCCUCACCUCUGGAACUCUCUCCCCCCUUCACCUCGGGAACUCUCUCCCCCCUUCACCUCGGGAACUCUCUCCCCCCUCACCUCUGGAGCUCUCUCCCCCCUUCACCUCGGGAACUCUCUCCCCCCUCACCUCGGGAACUCUCUCCCCCCUCACCUCUGGAACUCUCUCCCCCCUCACCUCUGGAACUCUCUCCCCCCUUCACCUCUGGAACUUUCUCCCCCCCUCAACUCGGGAACUCUCUCCCCCCUCAACUCGGGAACUCUCUCCCCCCCUCACCUCGGGAACUCUCUCCCCCCUCACCUCGGGAACUCUCUCCCCCCUCACCUCGGGAACUCUCUCCCCCCUCAACUCGGGAACUCUCUCCCCCCUCACCUCUGGAACUCUUUCCCCCCUCACCUCGGGAACUCUCUCCCCCCUCACCUCUGGAACUCUCUCCCCCCUCACCUCGGGAACUCUCUCCCCCCUCACCUCUGGAACUCUCUCCCCCCUCACCUCUGGAACUCUCUCCCCCCUCACCUCGGGAACUCUCUCCCCCCUCACCUCUGGAACUCUCUCCCCCCUUCACCUCGGGAACUCUCUCCCCCUUCACCUCGGGAACUCUCUCCCCCCUCACCUCUGGAACUCUCUCCCCCCUUCACCUAGGGAACUCUCUCCCCCUUCACCUCGGGAACUCUCUCCCCCCUCACCUCUGGAACUCUCUCCCCCCUCACCUCGGGAACUCUCUCCCCCCUCACCUCUGGAACUCUCUCCCCCCUCACCUCUGGAACUCUCUCCCCCCUUCACCUCGGGAACUCUCUCCCCCUUCACCUCGGGAACUCUCUCCCCCUUCACCUCGGGAACUCUCUCCCCCCUCACCUCGGGAACUCUCUCCCCCCUCACCUCUGGAACUCUCUCCACCCUCACCUCGGGAACUCUCUCCCCCCUUCACCUCGGGAAGUCUCUCCCCCCUCACCUGUGGAACUCUCUCCCCCCUUCACCUCGGGAACUCUCUCCCCCCUCACCUCGCGAACUCUCUCCCCCCUCACCUCUGGAACUCUCUCCCCCUUCACCUCGGGAACUCUCUCCCCCCUCACCUCGGGAACUCUCUCCCCCCUCACCUCGGGAACUCUCUCCCCCCUCACCUCGGGAACUCUCUCCCCCCUUCACCUCGGGAACUCUCUCCCCCCUCACCUCUGGAACUCUCUCCCCCCUUCACCUCGGGAACUCUCUCCCCCCUCACCUCGGGAACUCUCUCCCCCCUCACCUCUGGAACUCUCUCCCCCCUUCACCUCUGGAACUUUCUCCCCCCUUCACCUCGGGAACUCUCUCCCCCCUCAACUCGGGAACUCUCUCCCCCCUCACCUCGGGAACUCUCUCCCCCCUCACCUCGGGAACUCUCUCCCCCCUCACCUCUGGAACUCUCUCCCCCCUUCACCUCGGGAACUCUCUCCCCCCUCAACUCGGGAACUCUCUCCCCCCUCACCUCGGGAACUCUCUCCCCCCUCACCUCUGGAACUCUCUCCCCCCUUCACCUGUGGAACUCUCUCCCCCCUCACCUCGGGAACUCUCUCCCCCCUCACCUCGGGAACUCUCUCCCCCUUCACCUCUGGAGCUCUCUCCCCCCUUCACCUCGGGAACUCUCUCCCCCCUCACCUCGGGAACUCUCUCCCCCCCUCACCUCGGGAACUCUCUCCCCCUUCACCUCUGGAGCUCUCUCCCCCCUUCACCUCGGGAACUCUCUCCCCCCUCACCUCGGGAACUCUCUCCCCCCCUCACCUCGGGAACUCUCUCCCCCCUCACCUCGGGAACUCUCUCCCCCCUUCACCUCGGGAACUUUCUCCCCCCUUCACCUGUGGAACUCUCUCCCCCCUUCACCUCGGGAACUCUCUCCCCCCUCACCUCGCGAACUCUCUCCCCCCUCACCUCGGGAACUCUCUCCCCCCUUCACCUCGGGAACUCUCUCCCCCCUCACCUCUGGAACUCUCUCCCCCCUUCACCUCGGGAACUCUCUCCCCCCUCACCUCGGGAACUCUCUCCCCCCUCACCUCGGGAACUCUCUCCCCCCUCACCUCUGGAACUCUCUCCCCCCUUCACCUCGGGAACUCUCUCCCCCCUCAACUCGGGAACUCUCUCCCCCCUCACCUCUGGAACUCUCUCCCCCCUUCACCUCGGGAACUCUCUCCCCCCUUCACCUCGGGAACUCUCUCCCCCCUCACCUCGGGAACUCUCUCCCCCCCUCACCUCGGGAACUCUCUCCCCCCUCAACUCAGAAACUCUGACUCACUAA